AUGUACAAAGUCCACUUAUUAUUCUUGAUCGUACUACUUUUUCUACUUCUUAACAGUUCUAAUAUUUAUUGUUUCACAUCCUCGCCUUGGGCCGAUAGCGGUAAUGUUAUCGUACUCACAAAUCAAAAUUUCAGUUCAAAAAUUAAACAAUAUGAUGCAUUAUUAGUUUUGUUCUAUGUUAAAUGGUGUUCAUACUGUCGACGAAUCCAUCCUGAAUAUGAACGAGCUGGCACCAUAUUAUUAAAGAAUACUGAUUCUCCUAUAUAUAUUGCUAAACUAGAUUGUACAGAUGAUAAUGCAGCACGAUGUUCGAGAAGAUAUAAUAUUGAUGGUUAUCCAACAUUGAGAAUUUAUCGUGAUGGACAUUUUAUUGGUGAAGAAUUGAAUUAUGGUAAUCGAACAACUGAUGAAAUUGUUAAGACAAUGAAAGCAUUGAAGAAACAUAACAAACAACAAAAGCAAACACAAUACAUUAGUACUCAAAUAGAUGGAGUUCAAGAUGAUAUGAAUAACAAGACAACAACAAAUAUACCAUGUAUGUGGUUGUUCGUAGGAUUAUUUAUGAUACUUUGCAAAUCUAUAUAA